CCCGGUUGUUCGUUCAUCAUCCCAACAAGAAGAAACAGUCUCUCCUCUAUCCUCUAUCUACAAGAGCCAAAGCGAGAACAAAGCACAAUUCCUUUGAAAGUCUCGAUUACCUUCAAUCUACGUCAAAAUGAAGCUCAGUCUCGCUACUCUCAUGGCCCUCAUGGUGGCUGUUGCCCGUACCGCCCCGGUUCCCGGUGACAACACCCUCGUCGACGCCGAGAUUCUGAACGACUCCGUGAAGAACGUCGGCAACAACGCUGCUAGUGGCUUGCUCAAGGAGGUGGACGGCCUGGUUAAGGAGCUUACUAGCACUUUGGGCGGCCUUCUCAAGCGCGGCGACGACGCUCUCAUCGAAGCCGAUGUUUUGAACGAUUCCGUGAAGAACGUUGGCAACAACGCUCUCAGCGGUCUGGUUGACGAGCUGUCUGGCCUGCUUGGGCAGCUGACUGACGCCCUGGGUGGGCUUCUCAAGCGAGGCGUCGACACCGAAACCACCGACAAUGCUCUGAUCAAGGCCGGGGUGGCUAAUGAUGCCGUCAAGGAUGUCCUUAACAACGCUGCCAAACGGGAUGAGGAUCUCCUUGGCGGUCUCCUGGAUCCCCUUGGCGGUCUCCUUGACAAGCGCGACGAGGACUUGGGCAUCGGCACUCUCCUCAAGCGGGAUGAGAACCUCCUUGGCCUCGAGGGCGACCACGGCCACCACGACGACAAUGCUCUGAUCAAGGCCGGGGUGGCUAACGACGCCGUUAAGGACGUCCUCAACAACGCUGCCAAACGGGAUGAGGACCUCCUUGGUGGUAUCCUUGCCAAGCGUGACGAGGCCAUCGAUGACAAUGCCAUUGUCAACGCCAAGGUGGCUAACAAUGCUGUGAAAGACGUCCUAAACGACUUGGCCAAGCGAGGCGACAACACAGAGGCCAAGAAUAACACCCUGAUCAAGCUGAGCAUCCUCAACAACGCCCUGAAAAACCUCCUCAAUAACCUCUUAUAAACUACGAUUAGUGAUAGAGGGGUUUCUUUUCACAGAGAAAAAUGUACUUACUUUACCUUGUUCAUUGCUUGAUGUUGGUCCUCAGACUGUCUCGACAUAGGACUUUGGAAUAUGUUUAACUUAAUAGUAAUAACAACAAUUAUAAUGAUUUGAAUCG